UUAAAUAAAUAUUAAUAAAAUAUACACAUGGAUCACAACAGUACCAGACACUAGUUAACAGUUAACAACUUAGAUUUGUCUGUGUAGGUUCUCAGUCAUCCAGGUCAUUUUAUCUAAAAAUAGUUACAUUGAGGGUAACUGGAUGAAGUAGUUUUGUUUGUUUGUUUCUCUUGGAUGAGAGGUGAAAUGUUUUUUUUUGAAAAAAACUAUUUUGUCCAGUUUCCCUUGAUAUAACUAUUUUAUGGAUAACUUAAAUUGUAAUAUACUGCAUGUUGUUAAGCUGUAGGUUGUACCAUGAGUCAUCUUUCAUCCAGAAGGGUGAGGGUUCAACUCCAAGCCUGGCCUACUCUCAGAGAUCAUUUUUGUCACUCAAUGUAGAAUCUAGAAUUUUCAAAUAUUUUUCACAAAGUUUUUUUAAAUUUUUGAUAAUUAUUUACAAACAUUUAAAGGUGUUGCAUUUAGGUUGUAACACCUGCAUUUAAAUAAUACAGUUGCUAUGAAAUAAUAACAGUAAAGGUGUCAACCUGAGUGUCUGCCUGACUGACUGAUGUCUAGCUUCACUGCUGCUCACAGGGACAAGACACUUGAAUGAAACCCUGACAUCAGCCUUUCUAAUCUCUUUAUCUGCUCAGAACCGUCUGCUACAGACCACGGGGGGGUAAUCUCUCUCUGUGGGAACAUGAGGUGUGUUUUGACAAACACAGGCCAGAACCCUAUAAUGUACCAGAACCAUAUGGCGGUGCUGACAUACGCCUAUUUGUUUUUUUUACCUCAUUCCAAACCCAGCUCUGACUUUGAGAUUAACCGGAUCAGCAAAGGAUCCAAACAGGAUUAAAGAUUGUGACACCGACUCAGCAGCAGAGAUGAGAGAGGACCACUGGUUUAUACGUGUGUCCACGCCCCACCCCCCGUUAGUCGUCCUCUCUCACCUGUGUGUUCCAGAACAUCAGUGUCUGGCAGAGAGAUAGGCGGUCUGCAGACUUUGAGAACCCAGAGAAGAUCAUGUGAUCAGACUGGAUCUUGCUGAGAACAAAAAGAAGAAAACCACAUUUUACUUUAUAUGUUUUCAAUGGACGCAACAAUCUGGAGACUUGGUGAGUAAGGUACAACUAUUGUUUUUUCAUGUCAGAGUUCAAACUGCAGAACAUUCGGUCUAGAGAGUAUUUAUGUUCUGUCUGUCAAUCAAUUAAAGUUUUGCUUGAUCAUUAUUUACAUGAUUGGCCAUAGUUGUGGGGGAGAAUUUCCCAUAAUGCCUUGUGGUUUGUCAGCGCUGUCAGGACAAUUGAGGCAGUUCUGGUAAUUUCCUCUAUGACCUCUUGGUUGGAGAUAGACGAAGCCGUAUAAUGUGCAAUAAAGGAGCACUUAAAAGAUUACGACUACAUCACCUAGGGGUGUAAAAAAAAUAUACUGAAAUUGUCACGUGACUACAGCGACUACAAUUGUACAUCAUUCUGUUACAAUUUUAGUAACCUGAUGUUGAUGUUGAGCAUGUAACAGUAUUUUUGUGUUUACAGUUACAUUUUUAAAUUUGACAGUUGUGCCUAUGGUAUCGCAGGAGAACGAUCUAAUGCUAUGGCAGGGUAUCCCAGGGUCAAUCACAGACGUUACUUGCGAUUGGCAUCAAAAACUACUUUGCUUUAACUGGUCAUUAUCACAUUAACUUCAACAGUCCUAACUUUAAUUUUAGGUUUGUGUUAUGUCUAGGGUUGUCACAAGAACUGAUUACUCAGUACCAAGUCGGUACCAACACACCAAAAAUACAUUGACGCCUGCUGUUUUUAUCAACAAGCCUUGUCGAUUCUUGGUAGAACUGACAGGAGCACAUGGGUACAUGGGUUCUGUUUUUGGAUUUUUAUUGUGGUAUUGAAUAAGUAUCGAGAAUCCUGAAAAUUUCCUGGUAUUGGUAUCGACUAUUCUGGUAUUGUGACAACCCUAGUUGUGCCUAAACAAUAACAGGGGUAUGAAAAUAAGGAAUCUAAGACAGUGUGCUUUGUCAAAAUCUCCCAUCAUGCCUCUUCCAUUGACUCUACAUUAAACUGUUACCUUCAGAACCGUAGCUGAGGCUGCGGUCCUGCCACAGAAAUGCGCGAAAGUCAUUCUCCGGUGACCAACCGGAACUUCAACUGUAGCCUCUACAGCCUGACCGUCAGCUCUGUCACGGACUCUGAGGAUGAGCAGCCGAUGUCCCCACCCCAACCCACACCACUGCAGAAGCUCACCUCGGACAUGUGCAAUGACGAGAAUACCAUCAAGGAGCUGGUCACCGGCCGCAGGGUGAGAUUCUACAAGGUACGAGGAGAGAUCGGCUCUGGGACCUUCUCCAGAGUCAAGCUGGCUUUUCACGCGCUAACUAAAGACAAAGUGGCCUUGAAGGUUCUGGACAAAACCAGACUGGAUGCUCAGGCCCAUCGUCAGCUCUCCAGAGAAAUCAGCAGCAUGGAGUCGCUGCAGCAUCCAAAUGUGGUGCGUCUGUUCGAGGUGGUGGAAACGCCCAGCCGGCUCCACCUGGUCAUGGAGCAUGCCGGAGGUGGCGACCUUCACGAGAGGAUUUGCAGUGAGGGAAAGCUCUCUGACAACAGCAGCAAGACCACCUUUGCUCAGAUCCUUUCAGCGAUCAAGUAUAUGCACAGUCUUAACAUUAUGCACCGUGACCUGAAGGCAGAGAAUGUCCUCUUAACCAGGAGGGGCUGUGUAAAAGUCGCCGAUUUUGGAUUCAGUACUAGGCUUACCAACCGGUAUAACUAUCUGGACACUUUCUGUGGUUCUCCACCCUACGCUGCUCCAGAACUGUUCGAAGAGAAGUGUUACCUCGGUCCACCUGUGGACAUUUGGGCGAUGGGCGUCCUGCUCUUCUUCAUGGUGACUGGCACCAUGCCUUUCCGUGCUGAAACACUAGGUAAGCUGCGACGCUUCAUCAGGGAUUGUGCCUACGUGGUCCCACCUUGGGUUCCAGGUCCCUGCCAGAGACUCAUCAAAGGAAUCCUGAAGCUAGAUCCAGCAGAACGCUAUGCAAUUGACCAGAUGAUGGGCUGUGAUUGGCUCCUGCCAGUGGAGUUUCCCUGGCCGCUGGUGUCCCGGGAGCCAACUAGCAUAUUCAGGACUCUAUUAAGUCCAGAGAGCGAGAACCUGGAUGAGGAGGAGGAGGUCUGGAACUCUAUGGAGGAGCUGGGCUUCACCACAGAACAUCUGAGGAACAACCAGCUCAAAGACAGUCGUAGCCCUGUGACUGGGGUUUAUCGGAUCCUGAGUCAUCGCAUCCAGAAGAACAGGGGCUAUGACUGCCCCCCAGUGGUGAGAGGAAUGGUCAGGGACCACAGGAGAGAGGGGCUCCGGGCCUACAAGGGCCUCAGACACACCUCCAAGUUCUGUGUUCUUUCAUGACACAGAAGACAGAGAAUUCAGAAGUCAGAAUUUUAAACUAAAUUUAAAAGUGUGUUUGGCAAGUGUGCAUAACUUGUUUUUACUGACCAAAACCUAUAUAAACUUACUUUUACACUUUUUUUCCUUUUAGUACUUUUAUAAAAAAACUGUUGUAA